AUGAUGCACACGAAGGGAAGUGCGCGGGCCCUGCUGUUGGCCUCGGUGCUGCUAACCUGGCUGCAAGUGUGCCUGUCCAAACACCAUGUGGACCUAUCCAGUUCAGGAAAAAGUGUGUUCCUGUUGAAUGUAGUCCCAGGAGACACAGUGGUCUACUCAUGUCCAUACACUCUUCACAGAGAAGCUCAAAUCAGGUGUGCAAGGGAGAGGGAAUUCUUUGAUAGAAAACUGUACUGUUUUGAACAUGUCAUCAUUAAUAGGAAUGUAUUCCUAUUGAGAGACUACGUCAGGGGAGCAUACAACAUAGUAAGUAAAUACGUGAAUAACAUAUACACGUCUGAAUUUACAGUACCUCCUGUUGUACUGAUGAACCGUCAUUUCGAAUGCUAUUGCUACAUGGAUGAUGGGAAUAGAGUACAGAAGAAAACACUCAAGGUUCACAUUUCCAAGGGUAUCGUUAAAAGGACUCCUGGAUGUGAUUUCAAUGAUGAAUACAGAGAGAGCACUGCAAUCACAACUUUUAACAAUAUGAAUCGCAAGAGAGUUAAAGUGUGUGAUAGUUAUCCUAAGGGUGGAGAUACCAUCACUCUGUUGUGUCCUACUACCUACACUGUCCAACCGGAAGGGUGCUUCAAUCAGGUAUACGUAAAAAAGGAUGACAUAAAAAAUGAUAAAAAUAAGUUGGAGGAACGGUUCAAUAUUAGUCGUAAAUGGGAACAAGAAAAAUACAAGAUAGUUGACAUAGAGACGCUUUUUGGUCAGAAGGUAGAGAGUGUAGGAGAUGAAGUAAGUAAGUUCGCUAAAAUUCCCGUUACAAAUGAUGAAAUAAGUUUUACCUGCACAUGUCGGGCAAAUGAUGGGUCAGAUACACUCAUGAUGAAUGUGUACAUAAAUGAGAGUUACGAUAAGUUCGUUAAUUCUAAUCAGGAGAAUAUCGGUAAUUCUAAUCAGGGGAAGUUCGUUAAUUCUAAUCAGGAGAAGUUCGUUAUGCCUAAUGAAAACAGAGUGGAGUACUCGAAGCAUAACGUCAGUUCCACCACA